AUGCAAAAGUCGAGCAAACACGCGCCGGCACCGCGCGCGGGGCCUGUUUCAUUUACACUUACCGCAUUCGGCAACUCCCACUUGCGUAGACACUCUCUGUUUCCCGCACUUUUUCGCACUCUCGCCCCGUCCAAACGGGAAACCAACGCGCUUUUCUCCCUCUGUGCUAUUCUACGCUUCACAGCUUCACGGCCUGCUCUCCACACACAGGCUUCCAUCACCUGGACUCUGCAAGCCGGUGCUUUCCUAACAGCCAUGCUCACCAAUAAGUACCAACUGCGUAGAGUGGCCCAGGUGGACGCGAAGCCCUGUGCGUUCUGCUACAAGCCAACGACUGCUGUUCUAAUAACACCGGAUCAACAGUUUGUCUCUCUAAGGGUAUAUGGAUACGGAAUGUACAAGGGCUCGAUCCUAACAAACAGAUAUGCGAAGGACUUCUUCUAUACGUGCGACAGUCAUCUGAGCGACCCGAACUUUGCGACAGCGACGGACGAGGAGUAUCUGGAAGCGCAAAGGCAGAAGCAGCAGGUGGAUCUGGAGAUUAAGCGAUUGAGGAUGAGAUGGGAUGAGAAGAACAGAUACGCGGGGUGGGAUAAGUUGAUGAGCUACACCAAGUCGUGGAGCUCGUCCUCGAAGAAGGAGGCUGGCGACCAAGAUGCGUUGGUGGAUCCCAAGGAGCAGGAGAGGUCAGAUAAGCAGAAGCUUGAUGAAUUGACCUCGAAGGGUUCCAGCUACGAAACAGCUCUAGCAAGAGGCCCCAAAUGGUUUGAGCUCAACGCCCAGAUCUUUGAGAUGAGGAAGAAUAAGAAGAAUUCGCCAAAGCCAAGUGGUAAACGCACAAAUGACUAUACAAACAUCAAAGAUGCGUCAAUGUUCCCUGAGGUUCCUAAGAAUAGCUUGUCAUGA